GGACUACGUGUGAACCGAAGUUCAGGGGAAAAAAGGGCACGGCGCCAUGCGACUCGUCCAGAUCUUCACUAUGCGGCCGUGCUACACAACUAUCCGGCAAUUAGGUGUAUGGAUAACUAAACCCGAAAGAAGGGUGGUUUAACAAGUGUGAUGAAAUUGUUUGACUGGGAAGCAGGGAGACUCUCCGUUUUUGCAUACACUGUUUUGGACACUUCUAAAAGUGCACCGUUUAGCAGCGUGUGAGACGAGGUAACCGACGUCUUUGACCAUGGAGAGGGACGGUGCUAAGAAAAGCGGGGAGGAUAUGAAUCGGCAGUAUUGUGAGCUUUGUGGUAAAAUGGAAAACCUCCUCAAAUGUGGAAGGUGUCGAAACGCUUUCUAUUGCAGCAAGGAACACCAAAUACAGGACUGGAAACGGCACAAGCGGAUGUGUAAUGAGGCCAAGAAACCUCUGUGUCAGCCCCGACCACCCGAUCCACAAUUGCCAAUUGGAAAUGUUGAGGCAGAGCGAGAGCAGUUGUCGAUAGAGAAGAGCACUGAACAGAACAGUCUCUCACAGAACCCAACCAACACUGGAUUUUCGGAGCUGUCUACUGACGGCGAACUAAUUAAAGAUUUUAUCACAUCAGAAGCUUGCUCCGGUACCUACAACCGAGAACCCAAGGAAGAUAUUAACUACAUUAAGCCUAACGGACGAACCAAACCUUCUCCGCAAAAACUGGCAAUGGAAUACAUAGUGCCAUGUAUGAAUAAGCAUGGCAUAUGUGUUGUUGACAGUUUCCUGGGAGAAGAAACAGGACUAAGUGUAUUGAAGGACGUGAGAGCCCUUCAUAAGACUGGCAAAUUUACUGAUGGCCAGUUGGUCAGUCAAAGAAGCGACUCAUCUCAAGAUAUACGAGGUGACAAAAUAACUUGGAUUGAAGGAAGAGAGCCUGGUUGCAAGAAUAUAGCUUUCCUAUUGAAACACAUGGACGAAUUGGUCGGACACUUUAAUGUUAAACUGGGAAACUACAAAAUACACGAAAGAACGAAAGCGAUGGUGGCAUGUUACCCUGGCAACGGGACUGGCUAUGUACGGCAUGUAGAUAACCCCAAUGGAGAUGGUAGAUGUGUGACAUGUAUAUAUUAUCUCAACAAGGACUGGGAUGCCAAGGAACAUGGAGGUCUCCUGAGGAUUUUCCCUGAGGGUAAGGCUCAACUUGCGGACAUCGAGCCCAAGUUUGACCGCCUCCUGUUCUUCUGGUCAGACAGAAGAAACCCCCACGAAGUGCAACCAGCUUACGCCACCAGAUAUGCGAUUACAGUGUGGUAUUUUGACGGUGAUGAACGAGCACGAGCCAAGGAGAAAUACCAAACAGGUGCUGGAGAAAAAGGAGUCCAGGUGGACCUAAACAAGUCUUCAGAUCUGAGCUGAUACAAUAAAGAGAAAACUAGUGUGGGUUGUAGGAUACCGAUGGGCCUUACUGCAUACAUCUGCUGAGGGGGACACACUCAGAAGGAUGAGAAGAAGAGACAGAGGAAGUGGAGAAAGGAAAUGAAAACUAGUUUGCUUUCUGAAACUUUCAUUUUUCCACAUGGUGUUCCACGCAUAGUGACAUUUCUGGCUAUUUUUGAGAUAUCUACCUAUUUCCCAAAUGGAAGCGUCAUCGUCAGGGGAAAUAGCACAUUUUAAUUUAACUAUUAUUAACGCAAAAUACAUGAUAAAAACGUAACAGCAGGUGUGCAAAAAAGGAGACUCAACAUUUUGACCCCUCCCCCACCAUCUCAUGUCACUCAUGAAACAUUUAAUCUUAAUGUGUGUGUUAUUUGUGGAUUAUUCAUUUAUAAGGGGCGGGUGGGGUGACCACCUAGUUUGCCAUACCUAGAAAUACCUCUGCACACACACACACACACACAGAUGCAUAAUGACCCUGAAUGUCACAUCAUUGUACAGCAGGGACUGUUGUAGAAUGUUUCUCUAUGGUUUAUUUUUUGCUUUGUACUUAAAAAAUAAUUGCAAAAUUAUGUGGAAUUGCAAAAAAAUAGGUAGUCCCCUUAAAGGCAGUGACAUUUGUUGUAUUUUGAGUUAAGUAUCAAUACAGAGUACAAGGUGAUUUUCUUGAAUUAAAAGGUACAAAUGACUUUACCUCAAACAGGUUUGACACAUUUCAGACAAAUAAGACGAUUAUAAAGGUUUUGUGGUGACUACUUGACGAAGUCACCACAUCAACCUGACUGACUUUCACAUCUGUACAUUUUCAGUCUAAUGCUGGCACAUGUUAAAUUCCAGUGCUGUUGCCUGGUAACGGAACACAGGGCCAAAUCAUACUGACCUGUAAUUGUUAUCCGUCAGUUUUUGCAGACAUAACCUCAACCGUCACUGUUGUAACUGUCACUGUUGUUAUCGUUGUAAAAACCAAAAGCUGAUUCCAACUACAGU